AUGACAGUGCCUUCAAAGCUUCAAGCACUUUUACCAUCAUGUAUCAAACCCUCUACCUCUAUCCUAUCUUCCCCAAUCCCUCCUCCUCCCUCUUCGCCAAUCCUCAACCCAAUUUCUUCCUCUACGUCCAUCCCUUCUCUCUCACUCAAAGACAAACUCCCGGAAGACCGUCACCCUGAGAAACAAGACGGACGACCCCCUUGGACGGUAGCUGCCAACCUCGUGAGCCCAGAAGAGAAAUCAGAACCUGUACUUCGCUACAAACCAAAAUCUUCCAUAUCUCCUACAUCUACCUUUCCGGGUCUUUCCAUCCCCAGUCUGGUAGAUACCGAAGUACACCAGCGGGACGACUUACCAGGGGGAGGAUUGGUUGUUCCUUCGGACCCGUAUAAGGGGUUUGCACAUUCCGUCCACGGACACAAACCGAGGGAAGUGGUAUUACCUGAACGUCCUGCCCCACUUCCGAGACACCCUCAUAACGCCCCUCGUCAUGUGCCUCAACCGACGGGGACUGGGGAUCCUAGUACGAUGGUGGACAAAAGAGGGGGGGGUGGGGGAAUGGUAGGGGUUUUACCUCCUAGCGGAAGUGGAGAAGUUCAGAUGGUUCCUUCUGCUGGUAUACCAGGAAUCAAGGGGGGGAUGGGAAAUGAGACACUUGUUCUGCCUAAUGGAAGCCAAGUACCUUAUGGACCAAACCCUGCAUGGUCAGGCUUGGCAGGGGCGGAUGGACAUGGAGGAGAUGGUGGGAUGUCUGGUGAUGGCAUGACAAGUAGUGAUAGUCUGCCUGGAGAUGGAAUCGGGACUGUCACGGCCGUCGAGCAAUUCCUUCCUUAUAGACCGACGGUCGACGAACCUUGGCUAACUUCACGCUUCUGA